AUGCAUCCUCUACCCACCAUCAUCUUUACCCUCGCAACCGUAGCGACCGCUCAGAAAGUAGGCAACCUAGUCCCAGAACAACACCCCAGACUCUCCUGGCAAAACUGCAGCAAAGCCAUCAACGGAACAACCUCCUGCUCCACCAUCGACGCCGAAGUCGUCCUCGACGCAGAAUGGCGCUGGCUCCGCAACGCAAACAGCAUCAGCAACUGCUACACCGGUAACCAAUGGGACCUCGCGCAGUGCAACACGACCGCGUCUUGCACAUCAACAUGCGCUCUCGAGGGAGCAGACGCGCAGAGCUAUAGAGACGGAUACGGCAUCACCACCAUUGGGGGUAACACCCUGUCGCAAAAGUUCGUGACGCAAUAUGCCUUUUCUUCCAACGUCAACUCGCGCGUCUUUCUGUUGGAGCCGGGUGGGACGGAUCGGUAUCAGACUUUUGUGCUGAUGGGGAAUGAACUCGCUUUUGAUGUUGAGCUGUCGUCCGUUGAGUGUGCUAUCAACAGUGCUUUGUACUUUGUGGCUAUGGAGCUUGAUGGUGGUAUGGCGAGGUAUCCUACUAAUGAGGCGGGGGCGAGGUAUGGGACUGGGUAUUGUGAUGCGAGUUGUCCGAGGAGUAAUCGUUUUGUCGGAGGGAAGGCAAAUGUCGAGGGUUGGGUACCUUCAGAGACCGACCAGGUCCGCGGAACAGGAAAUUACGGGGCUUGCUGCGCCGAAUUCAACGUCUGGAACUCCAAUGCUCACUCAUACUCCAGGAUCUCAAAACCUUGCGUCGACACCGGCUAUCAAGUCUGUGAAGCUCCGGACUGUGAUGCUGCCAACACAGGGGGUUCGGGUCAAGUUCUAUGUGACCGGUUCGGAUGCGACUACAACCCAUACAGACUUGGCGACAAGGAAUUUUACGGCAAGGGAAAGACGGUAGAUACGGGUAGGAAAUUCACUGUAGUCACACAGUUCUCUGAAGACAGUGUCAAGCAAUUCUUCAUCCAAGAUGGAAAGAGGAUCGAAACACCCACGGCAUCUUACCCCGGAUUCCCAGACACCAGCGGACUGAGUCCCGACUACUGCAAAGCUUUGCCCACAAACUUUCAGGAUCCCGAGUAUUUCGCUCAAGUCGGCGGCUACGGGCGUCACAAUGAGGCCCUGCGACGCCCCAUGGUCCUGGCAAUGUCCAUCUCGAAUGAUCACUGGGCUAAUAACCUUUGGCUUGAUUCGACAUUUCCACCGGACCGUUCGGGCCUUCCGGGAGCGCAGCGAGGCUCUUGUCCUUCGUUGGGUAAUGGACCAGGACCUCAAGAGGUCGAGAGAUAUUAUCCCAAUGCCAAAGUUGCGUGGUCCAACAUCCGGUUUGGACCUAUCGGGACAACAGUGUAA